AUGUCCUCCUUCCUAAAAACGGACGACACCAUCCUCCUCGCCGGGCGGCACAGCACGCCUGCGCGCUUCUUCGGCGCGGCGGCGAAUGACGAUGCUUACCCUGCGUUCACUGCUCGUGUGGAAAGCGAAGCGGAGCUGGAGAAGUUGCUCGGGGAGACGGCACUGCAGGAUGGCAAGGGGUUGACGAUUGUGGAUGUGGUGAUGGCGCCGGAAGACAUGCCGGAGAAGGCGAAAGCUGGGCUACUCAAAGCAGGCGAAUCUCUACGAUGUCAGCAGUGA